ACAUGCACAUGUUAUAAACUCGAGAGUCGAGACUAUUAAGAAUCAAAUCAAAAUUAGAAUGAAUAAGGGAACCCCCAAACUUGGGAUGUAUAAUGUGAACUAAAUAUACAAGUUAGUGUCUUAGUGAAGCUACUCUAACUCAGGGUAAACUAAGGGCAACAAACGACUAACCUCACUCACUCAGUGAUAUCCUAUGAACCACAAAUACUGGACUAAUGAACUCCACAAAAUUUCCUCAUCCUUCAUUAGAAGCCGUAAAUCUCCGGGCUUCAAAUCCAACACCACUAAUGUCAUCGACGCCCGAAUUAUCAAAACGGGUUUUAACCCGAAUACAAGUCGCACAAAUUUUGAGAUGGAAAAUCUCAUCAAAUGUGGCCAACUUACUAAAGCACGUCAACUGUUUGAUGAAAUGCCUAACAGAAACAUGUUUUCUUUGAAUACCCUACUUUCAGGUUAUGUGAAAUCAGGGAAUCUCGUUACUGCAAGGCAGUUGUUUGAUGACACGAGUGCUCGAACAACCGUAACGUGGACCAUUUUGAUUGGUGGUUAUGCCAAACAUGGCAAUCCUAUGGAGGCCUUCAAGCUUUAUGCAGAUAUGUAUAGGUCAAUGACUAUGCUGGAUUCUGUUACUUUUGCCACAUUGUUGUCGGGUUUCGACGACAAAGAUUUGAUGAAACAAAUGAUUCAAGUUCAUGCCCAUGUUGUAAAGAUGGGAUUUAGUUCGGCUCGAACUGUUUGUAAUACUUUGGUGGAUUGUUAUUGCAAGUGUCAUUGCUUGGAUUUGGCUUGUAAGCUCUUUUUUGAGAUGCCUGAUAGAGAUUCUGUUACUUUUAAUGCUAUGAUUACUGGGUAUGCUAAUCAUGGGCUGGAUGAGGAAGCUGUUGAUUUCUUCUUGACGAUGCAGAAAGCGGGUUUCAAACCUUCUGAGUUCACUUUCACUGCAGUUUUAGGUGCUGGUGUUGAGUUAGGAAACUUAGUUCUUUGUAAGCAAGUUCAUGGCUUUGUGGUGAAGACCAACUUUAUCUGGAAUGUUUUCGUAAGCAAUGCUUUGCUUGAAUUUUAUUCGAAGCACAAUCAUGUGGAAGAAGCCGAAAAACUUUUCUAUGAGAUGAUUGAGAUUGAUGGUGUUUCAUACAAUAUAAUCAUAUCUGGCCACGCCUGGGAAGGGAACUAUAAGAAGUCUAUUGCCCUGUUCCAGGAGUUGCAGGGAACAAAAUUUGACAGGAAGAACUAUCCUUUUUCUACUAUGUUGAGUAUAGCAGCUUACGCACCUGAUUUGGAAAUGGGUAGACAAAUUCAUUGCCAGUGUAUCGUGACAACAGCAUCAUCAGAACUUAAAGUAGGAAACUCACUCUUAGACAUGUAUGCUAGAUGUGGACGGCUUGAGGAAGCCAAUCUGAUCUUCCAAUCUCUUUCAAACCAGGACACAGUCCCAUGGACAGCAAUGAUCUCUGCUCUUGUACAAACGGGGUACCAUGAAAAAGGGCUCAAGAUAUUCAUCGACAUGUCUAGGACAAAUGUCAAUCCAGAUCAAUCCACUUUUUCCACCAUCUUAAGGGCUACGGCUAGUUUAGCUUCAUUGUCACUGGGAAAGCAGUUGCACUCUUUAGUAUUCAGGUCAGGAUUCAUGUCCAAUGUGUUUUGUGGAAGUGCAUUGCUCGAUAUGUAUGCAAAAUGUGGUUCAAUGAGAGACGCUAUCAAGUUGUUCUGUGAGAUGCCUGAUAGGAAUAUAGUCUCGUGGAAUGCAAUGAUAUCUGCUUAUGCUCAGAAUGGAGAUGGUGAUGGUACCAUCAGGUUGUUUGAGGAAAUGGUUUCAACGGGUCUUUGUCCGGACCGGGUAAGUUUCCUUAAUGUCCUCACUGCUUGUAGCCAUUCCGGGCUUGUCAAUCAAGGAAUUAGGUAUUUCAACAGUAUUACUGAAUUAUAUAAUAUGGAGCCUAGGAGAGAGCACUAUAUUACUAUGGUUGACAUCUUAUGCCGAAGUGGGCGUUUUGGACAAGCAGAAAAACUGAUUACUGAAAUGCCUUUUCACCCUGAUGAGAUUAUGCUCUCGUCCAUUUUAAACUCAUGUAGGAUCCAUAAAAACCAGGCUCUGGCAGAAAAAGUUGUCGAACAGCUAUUCGAUAUGGAGGUAAGAGAUGCUGGUGUUUAUGUGAACAUGUCAAAUAUCUACGCAUCAACAAGUCAAUGGGACAAAGUUGCAAUGGUGAAGAAAGCAAUGAGAGAACACGGAGUUAGAAAGCCUCCUGCUUAUAGUUGGCUAGAAAUCAACCACAAGAUGCACAUUUUCUCCGCAAAUGACACGUCUCAUCCAAGAUGGGAAGACAUCAAGAAGAAAAUUGGAUCAUUGUCUAUAAGAAUGGAGGAGGAAGGCUAUAAACCAGAUACUAGCUGUGUCGUUCAUAACUGGGAUGAGGAUACCAGAGCAGAAUCACUGAAAUACCACAGCGAACGCAUAGCUAUUGCAUUUGCAUUGAUCAGCACCCCAGAAGGUACACCUAUAUUAGUGAUGAAGAAUCUAAGGGCUUGUUCUGAUUGCCAUGCCGCAAUCAAGAUCAUCUCUAAGAUCACUGGGAGGGAAAUUGCAGUGAGGGAUUCAAGUCGAUUCCAUCAUUUUGAAAACGGGCAUUGUUCUUGUGGCGAUUAUUGGUGAACUUGUAUAUGCUUGUAACAAUCACAUUCAAGCUCGUCAAGUUUAUAUAUUCAAGCUUAACUA